CGUGGGUGGACGGGUAGGGGCAGCGCAUGCGCGGGGGGGGGGCGACGACGAUGGAUUUCGAGGCGGGUCACGGCGGCCCCGGGUUCGUGGGGAUCCGCUUCUGUCAGGAGUGUAACAACAUGUUGUACCCAAAGGAGGACAAGGAGAACAGAAUCCUGCUUUAUGCGUGUCGAAACUGCGACUACCAGCAAGAAGCUGAUAAUAGCUGUAUCUACGUCAAUAAAAUCACGCAUGAAGUCGAUGAACUGACUCAAAUCAUAGCAGAUGUGGCACAGGAUCCAACACUGCCCAGAACAGAAGACCAUCCCUGUCCAAAGUGUGGGCACAAGGAAGCGGUAUUUUUCCAAUCGCACAGUGCAAGAGCUGAGGACGCUAUGAGACUGUACUACGUAUGCACAGCACCGCACUGUGGCCAUCGCUGGACUGAGUGAGGACACGGUGUUGCCCUGUAUUGCUCUGUUGUCCCUUUGUCGGGAAGUACCAGCCGCAAUGUUCACCGUCAGUAGGAUUUGUCAGCAGGUCAUUUCUGAGAUAAUGUGGAAGUUACAACUGAAGUAGUGUGUUUAUCUUUUUUAAAGCCUUGUUUCUAGUUUUCUAAUUUUAUAAAUAUUACAAUAAAUUUGUUGGAAUGAUGUA